AAUUGGAAGUGUCCCCACCACGGAAUGGGACUCGUUAGGGCGCGGGCGCAUGUUUUUCGAACAAAAAAAGAAAAUAAGGCUGGCGGGAAAGAGAGGCUCGGUGGAAGGCUUUUUAUAGUCGUUCCCUCGAUGCGCGCGCGCGAGCAAGUGUAGCGCUCCAGGACGAGGUGUCAUUUAGCUUCUAAAUUCAAAUUAGUUUUUUCUUUUCAAGUGCUCGUUCGGAAUCGUGUGAGGUUGUAUAUGUGUUUGUUAAUGGCCAGCACGCGCGUUUUACGGUUAUUUUUAUGGCGGUAUUUAUGACAUUUAGUGUCGGUUCUACGGAAGGGUUGUUUUUCGUAUUGAGACAUCAUUAACGAUAUUGUCUUCCAGUUGUGUGGUCGUGUUAAAAAUAUGACUCUACUUUAACCAGAUAUAAUUCAGUGUUGUGAUGAUUUUUUCUCGUUUGUGAUUAGCGAUCCCAUAUUAUUGCGAAAAUGUUUCUAAGGUUCGAGCCGACAAAGUCGACGAAGGGCGCCAGCAAGAUGCGCCGGGACCUCAUCAACGCGGAAAUCUCCAACCUGCGCGACCUGCUGCCGCUGCCGCCGUCCACCAGACAGAGGCUCUCACAGCUGCAGCUGAUGGCACUAGUGUGUGUGUAUGUGAGGAAGAUGAACUACUUCCAACAGUUGUUCAAAAGUCACGAUUUGACUUAUCAGUAUCAAGAACAAGCACCGGCUACACCAAAUAUCGGAUUUUCUAAGGCUAUGAACGGAUUUAUGAUGAUGAUGACGCAGAACGGAAAACUGUUGUAUAUUUCUGAAAAUGCUGCCGAAUACUUAGGACAUUCAAUGGAAGAUCUUCUAAUUCACGGAGACAGUGUAUACGACAUAAUAGAUAGACAAGACCACCAAACAGUUCAACAAGAGCUGAACAGAGGCGCCGACGGCGAAACCGAAAAUGUACCAAAGACUAGACACUUCUUCUGUAGAAUGAACGUCUCAAGAAAUGCUAGAAGACAAAUGCGAUUUGGAGACCAAAAGGUGGUGCUAGUGAGGGGCCACUUCGUGUCGUACCUGCCGCUGUGCUCGCGCAAUGAGCCGGUGUUCGUGUGCGCGUGCUGUCCGCUGGCGAUGCCGGAGACGCGCGAGUGCGUCGUGCUCGGCGCCACCAACGUCUUCACCACCGUGCACGCCAUGGACAUGAAGAUACUGCACAUCGACUCCAAUGGCGAGUGGUACCUCGGCUGGAAGCGGUCCGAGCUGACGGACGUGUCGUGGUACCAGCUGCUGCACUGCGACAGUCUGCGGGAGGCGCAGGCCAAACAUAGACUUAUAACCCAAUCAGAGCAGGACAAGUGCUGCAUCCUGUUGGCGCGGCUGCAGCGGCGCGGCGGCGGGUUCCUGUGGGCACACAUCGUGCUACAAGUGAAGGAGGCCACAGACACGCCACGGCAACUUAUUGUUGCUACUAAUCAGGUGUUGAGUGAAGAAGAAGCCACAAUAAUGAUGUCCAACUCUUGGCUGUACCAAUUCUACGGUUACCAGAACCAGCCGUGUGGCAUGCUGGACCCCCGCUGCCAGAAGUUCUUCAGAAGAGAACCAUGUUACCAAGACCCCUACCAGGAGUCGUAUCCCUACGUCGAGAGCGUCCCGGAGGAAUACCCUGGCUACAUGCAGGGGCCAAGCUAUACUGGGCAGAAGGUCGAUGAAGGAUACAUGAAUUGUGAAAAGGUGUACUCGGAUCGAGGACCAGUGGACUACUCUACGCAUUCGCCGCAGUCUACUAUUAGUGAAGAAAGAUCCCCGCACCACUACGAGCCGGCGCCGGAGCUGGUGGUCCACGGCAACAUGUUCCUGUACCCGCCACACGCCGCCAAGCGAGACUACUACGACUACCAGCGGUACAACUACGCGACUACCGAGUGCGCGACUACUAGUGUUGACGGUAUGGAAUACCCGAGUCCAAAGCGCUCCCGCCCAGCGCUGGAAGGUCCUGAAUCCAUGGACCGAUGGAACCCCAGCCCGCCCUGGUCAGAAUCCGCCCAACGGUACUACUACCACAUGGCACCCGCGCCGCCUGCUGAAAGAGCUAUGGUCACUUAAAUAUUGGUCUUACGAGUAUGAUCCAAAAACC